AACUUUUGCGAUUGCUCAAGCCAGAUGUUGAUAUGCGGUCAAGCUUCUUGAUUCCCAUUCCUCACUGUUUCAACAUCGAAGAGCUACCAUCUGCAGAGUCUCAGCGCUCUCGAAUCCAGGAGUUGAUUCGAUGUAGCAAUCAGCCGCUAGCUGAACUCAAACAAACACUUGACCCGCUAUCGAGACACCUAUUGAAUGGCCUUGCGUAUACGGUUGGUUCUGCACUAGGGUCCGAACCGCCAACACGAGAGGAAUGCCUUACAGCAUUCAGCAUACCCAACAAAGUGGGUCUUACAGCUGGUGCUCGUGCAUGGUCAAAGCAUUCGCACCGCUCGCAAGGGAAGACAUCAGGAGUAGAGGAUUCACCAGUCAAGAGAAACAACAAAGGGCAGAUAAAAACAGACACGGGGUGGUGGGGUACCCCUUCCGGCUCAGUUUCCUCCAUCAAUGAACGUGCGCUGAUGUUAUUUGAACGAGUGGUGGACAAUUCGACUUGGAGGAAUCUCCAUUGGCUACCGCAUCAGGUCCUAGUAUAUGAAGCACGAGUAGCAGAAGGAUAUGGAAUGCGCUGGUCCCAGGAUCGUAGUGUCUUAGAGAGUGGCGGAGAAGUUGUUGCUGAACUCCCUUCAUGGACAUUCCGAGGAUUUGUGGAGCCAAUGAUUGAAAAUGGUCACGAAGUAGGAUGGAAACACCAGAUUUUAGAUACCCGACAGUAAUUUUUCCACUACUUGAGCUUGUGCACUUGAAUAAUUGCUUAAUACACGAUAGCUGGCCCUGAAAGCCUAAAAAAA